CUUCUCCCCCCCUCGUAAGGGGGGCGUGGAGGCAACCAGGAUCAGCCGGGGGCCAGCAUGAGCCGGAGGGAGGGCAGUCUGGAGGACCCCCAGGCUGACUCCUCAGCCUCACCCCUUACCCACUUGGAGGCCAAGAUCCAACAGACACACAGCCUUGCCCGCCUCCUCACCAAAUAUGCUGAGCAGCUUCUCCAGGAAUAUGUGCAGCACCAGGGAGACCCCUUCGGGCUGCCCGACUUCUCGCCACCGCGUCUGCCGGUGGCCGAUCUGAGCGACCCUGCUCCGGGCCACGCCGACCUGCCAGUGCAGGAGCGCCUGCGGCUGGACGCGGCGGCGCUGGCUGCGCUGCCGCAGCUACUGGACGUGGUGCGCCGCCUCCAGGCCGAGCUGAACCCGCGCGCACUGCGCCUGCUGCGGCGCUUGGAGGACGCGGCUCGCCAGGUCCGAGCACUGGGCGCCGCGGUGGAGGCCCUGCUGGGCGCGUUGGGGGCCGAGAGCCGCGGGCCCGGGCCCGAACACGCGGCCGCCGCCGCCACUGACUCCGCGGGCGUCUUCCCGGCCAAGGUGCUGGGGUUCCGUGUGUGCGGCCUCUACCUCGAGUGGGUGAGCCGCACUGAGGUCGACCUGGGCCAGCUAGCGCCCGGGGGCCCGGCCUGAGCGCCGGGCGCGCGGUCCAGCUCGUGGUCCCCUCCCUGGCCGUCUCCAUUUCUCCCCAUCUCUGUUAGCGUUUCUGUGUCCGUCUCUCUGUUUUCUUUGUACGCUUCUCCAUCUCUUUUUCUCUCUGGGUCCUUCUUGUCUCCCUCUACGACUUCCCGUAUCUGUCAUGUCCUUGCUUCCCCAUCGUUCCGGUCUGCCUCUCUGAGCUUCUCUUUGUCUUCCCGUCUCUUGUUUCCUCUGGGCCCCCUGUGAGCCUGUGUAUAUGUCCAUCUCAUCUCAAGGAAGGGACACCUGUCACUCUGUUUGCCUCUGUCCUUCUCUCUGUCGUUUCCUGGCCAGGAACAUGCCUGCUGGCCCUGUGGUGGAAGGGCUCCUCCUGACACAUUUCAGCCCCUUCCCGCAGGAUCACUCCACCUGCUGCUCUCCCUGUCCCCAUCCCAGCCCUUGUGGCCCUCCACCCCCUCCCUUUGAUGCCCUCCACCCCU